AAUCAAGGAAUGCAAAGUCGUAGAGCUAGCUAAUAUAUUUCCGUAGCCACGUUAUUGAACUGGUUAAUGUUCGUCCUCUGGAAGUUAGUUUUUUUUAGCGAUUACAUUAUUUGGAAUAGCGUAUGGCAAAUUAAAGAACGUUUAUAAAUUACAUUUCCGUUGUGCAGUCUGAGGAGUCGUGAACAUGGUAGGCGGAACCACUAACUGUCCAGGAGUUUUUGGACGGAAGAAGUCGAAGGAUAGUUCCUUACUCAUUGAGAUGUCUCAAACAUCACCCCUUUCAUUUGAAGACACUGAACACCCACUCACAGAACAAAUUGAGACACUUUUAGCUGGGAAGAAAAAGAAGAAAAAGAAAAAAAAGAGUGAUGACCUUUCGGUGCAUGAGGAAUGCGGACCUUCCACCACCAGCCAGGGUCCUGGUCGCCACGCUGUGACAGUAAACAACCCAGACCCCAUUAUAACCAAGGUAACCCAGGACGAUAGAGAACAUAUCUGUAGACGAAAGAAAAAGAAACAUGACAAAAAGCUACCUGAACAGGAAGUGGACUUGACCGCUCCUGAACCAGAUAUGUUGGAGAAUAUCGAAACGGUGAACCAAGACUGUUCAGAGGGUGUCCCAGAACUGACCAAGAGGAAGAAACGACACAGGAAAAUCCGAUCUACAGAGCCUGAGGCGAGAGGGGAGGACUAUGAAACUGCUCAUCCAACAGAACACAACACGGACAGUAGUCUAGAGACUGCAACACUUACAACAGCAAAACACUGUACCGAGUCCAGUUGUCUAAAUCCUGACAUAAAACCGAAAGUGAAGAAGCGAAGAACAGAGCAGCCUUCUGGUCCUCCAGAGGUGACCGCUGCAUCAGAUGUUGGAGAGAUGUCGGAAUCCCACCAGAAUGAAGAGAAUGUAGCACUGGAAAAUGAUAGAGGCGCCAAAAGGAAGACAAAAAAGGCCAAAAGGAAAACUAAAAAGAGACAUUUGGAUAGGGGUACAGGGACUGCAGAAAAUAGUUUGGGUCCAGAAGUGCCAGACACCAAGACACAAGGGGAGGAUUCCCUCCCCAGCAGCAGAGAAGAAACAGAGCUGCAAAAUGCAGGGAUGGAUAAAGAAAAUGACACCAGGAAUUCCAUCUCGGAGGAAAUGCAGCGGCUUAUAGAGGAGUUGAAGGAGUUUAUUCCAAACAUCGAGUCCAGAUCUCCAGGUGUCAUCCGACGCCUCCUUAUUAGCGACCUGCCUAGGUUUAAAGCAUUCAAAAGCCAAGGUAUUCCUCUGCGGUCUGGUCGGUUCACAGGCCCUGAGAACAAGAGGUUGAAGGAGAACGUGCUUGACUUUCUGGCGUUGACAGGGAUUGAGAGCACCACCCACCUCUUCUUCCCUAAACUCUUCGAAGCUCAGAAAACCUUUAUAAACAAACAAAAAAAACAUCACAAGUUCUAUGAGAAAAUAGCUGAAGGAAUACCCCGUCCUUGGCGUGAUGUCUACUGCCGCGGCAGAAGGAUGUUUCAUGAAUACAGAAACAAAGGAAAAUUCACAGAGGACGAACUGCGGUCUUUGAAGAAACUCCAAAAGCGGCACGGCAACAACUGGGCAACUAUCUCUAGUUUGAUGGACCGCAGUGAUUGGGCCGUGGAGAAACGCUUUGCUCAGAUCGCCAGCCAAAAAGGCUCUUGGAGCCAGGAGGAGACCGAUCGUUUUAUGGAGGCAAUGAAGGACAUUCUGCAGACCCUGACCGAGCCGGACUUACAAAGUCAGAUGGGGGAAAAGUUCAUCCUGAAGGAGAAACUGAUGAACGGCAUCCCAUGGAAAAGCAUUAGCGAAAUUGUUGAAACACGCUCCUGGACACAAUGCAGAGUGAAGUGGAUGUGUUUCCUGAAAUCGAAGAUGGUGCCGAGGGAUCAAACACAAAAUAGAAAUAGAAAGAAGGACAUCCAGGCCAAGGUUGACCUCAUCAGAAGGUUGUAUGAGAGGCAGGUUGAAGAUAUAGCGGAUGUUGAUUGGGAAGAACUUGCUACAGCCUCUGGAACUGUGACUCCAUAUCAUGCGCAGAAGCUGUUCUUCCGCCUAAAAGUGACCAGGGUGCCUCUGUGGGAAAAGAUGACUUUCUGUGAAAUUAUUGAUUUCCUGUAUGAUAAGGCACUUCCUGUGCUGGAGUCCCUGGUCAAGGAUCCUAAUGUGAAUGCUGAUGUGGAUUUGAGUGAACGACCCCACAACCACUUCCUUCUCUCAGAAAUAUUUGGUGUGGAGACUGAGGAGGAUAUUGAGGUGGACAAUAUCAAAUAGGUCCCCCAUGAAGAUGGUUCGUGAAGAAGACCUUUUAGGGAGAUGGACCAAAAUGGUAUAGGGAAGAUGUUUAGAGGCUUUUAUUCUGGUCAGAUCUGAUGAGGGAUAAAUUAUCAUAAUGAUAAGAAAAAAAGAUAUAUAAUUUGAAGCAAGACACCUUUUUAUAUGUAUGAUACUUUAUAUGUAGGACCUGUCCAAAGGGGAUUCAUGUGUAAAUGAUUAAUGUUUGAACAAAUUACCAGGCUAAUCAUUACAAAGGGUUUCAUUUUUGUAUUCAGAUUUAAACUCACCUAGGGUAGCAUGAAAAGUCAUACCCUGGUCCCUAGCAAAGCUAACAUGAUUAGAAGUUGUAUUACUAUGUUUUGUAAUUAAAACAAGUUGUGCUAUUGUUCUCAACU